UAGAAGCAAAACGGGGCCUCACACCGGCGCGUAAAGAUCGUGAAAAACUGCAUGUGCUAAGUGUUGUAAGUGGUGCGAGGAACGUGUGCAACUGAUCGGUGCAGUUCAAGUUCAUCAUCAUGCCACCCAAAGAUGAUCCAGAGGUUUCGGCAUUGAAGAAGGAAAUCAAUGAUAUGAUAGCCAAGUUCCAGGAGGAACAGAAAAAGGCGGCCGACUGCACGCUGUUCGAGAAAUGCGCUGACCUAGGUGACGCCCCGAAGGUACGCAUCAGCACGAAAAAGUUCCUCAAGGGUCACAUCAACAAGGUGAACUCGGUGCACUUUGCCGGCGACUCGCGUCACUGCGUGACCGGCUCGCUCGACGGCAAGCUGAUCAUAUGGGACACGUGGACCGGCAACAAGGUGCAGGUCAUCCCGCUCCGGUCGGCCUGGGUGAUGAGCGUAGCGUACGCCGACUCCGGGAACUUCGUAGCCUGCGGCGGCAUGGACAACAUGUGCACCGUGUACGAUCUGAACAAUCGUGACGCGCAGGGUAACGCGAAGAUCGUCCGCGAGCUGAUGGGAUACGAGGGCUUCCUGAGUUCGUGCCGCUUCCUGGACGAUACUCACAUUCUCACCGGUUCGGGUGAUAUGAAAAUAUGCAUCUGGGAUCUGCAGGUCGGUAAGAAGACGUCGGAAUUCGAUGCUCACGCUGGCGAUGUCGUCUCUAUCUCGAUGAGCCCGGACAAAAACACCUACGUUACCGGUUCGGUAGAUCGCACCUGUAAGCUGUGGGACGUCCGAGAGGACUCCCCUAAACAGACAUUCUUCGGACAUGAGGCGGACGUGAACAGUGUUUGCUACCAUCCGAGUGGAUUCGGUUUUGCUACAGGAUCGGAGGAUAAGACGGCGCGCUUGUUCGACUUCCGAUCGGACCAACAGAUCGGACACUACGUGCCACCGAACAAAAACAGUGGUUUCACAUCAUGCGCACUGUCGCUGAGUGGCCGAUACAUACUUUGUGGUUCGGACGAUAACAACAUUCACAUUUGGGAUACGAUGAAAGGACAACACAAUGGUACUCUGAGUGGCCACGAAAAUCGUAUAACUUCGCUCAGCAUGGCACCGAACGGAAUGGCGCUGGCUUCUUGCAGCUGGGAUCAACACGUUCGCAUUUGGGUUUAGAUGAGAUGAACAUUUCAAAAUAUGCCCCCGAGUAUUCUAUUUGGCUCCGAAAAAAGUGAUCUUGUUCGAGUUCCACAGAAGGACACCCAAUCAGCGACGAUUUCAUACCAGAAUUUCUUCCUUCCAACAUUAUGGCUCGUUUAAGACGUUCGACCUACCGUGUUAUUCUUGUAAACUUAUCUAAUGGCCACGAAACACGUUAUCGAAAAUACACAGCUUGCUCUGUUAUAAAUAUGUA